CCUUCUCCGCCUGAUUCUUCCCCCACCCCUGCAGCAGCCGCAUCCUCCGCCCCCUCCUUACUCUGCACCUCCUUCCUGGCUGCGGGCAGACCGCUCCACACCGCCGCAGCGCCUGGAGUCUGAACAGUCUUCCGGAGGCACACACGCCCACGCUCACUCCGCCCAGCCGCAACCCUGCCCAGCAUGUCUGCGCUCGAGUGGUACGCCCACAAGUCCCUGGGCGACGGCAUCUUCUGGAUUCAGGAACGCUUCUAUGAGUCAGGCAACCGUGCCAACAUCUGGCUGGUGCGCGGCUCCGAGCAGGACGUGGUGAUCGACACCGGCCUGGGGCUGCGCAGUCUUCCGGAGUACCUGUACUCCUCCGGCCUCUUGCAGGACGGCGGGGCCAAAGAGGACGCGGCGUGUCGGCCGCUGCUGGCGGUGGCCACCCACGUGCACUUCGACCACUCCGGCGGUCUCUACCAGUUCGACCGGGUGGCCGUGCACCACGCCGAAGCCGAGGCACUGGCUCGCGGGGACAACUUUGAGACCGUGACCUGGCUGUCCGACAGUGAGGUGGUGCGGGCGCCCAGCCCCGGUUGGAGGGCCAGGCAGUUCCGAGUGCAGGCUGUGCAGCCCACCCUCAUCCUGCAGGAUGGGGAUGUGAUCAACCUUGGUGACAGACAGCUCACUGUUAUGCAUAUGCCUGGUCACUCCAGGGGCAGUAUUUGCUUACAUGACAAAGACCGAAAGAUUCUCUUCAGUGGAGACGUGGUGUAUGAUGGAUCACUGAUUGAUUGGCUCCCAUACAGCAGGAUAAGUGACUAUGUUGGAACCUGUGAACGUCUGAUAGAAUUAGUUGACAGAGGUUUGGUGGAGAAGGUGCUUCCUGGGCACUUCAAUACCUUUGGUGCUGAAAGGCUUUUUCGAUUGGCUUCUAACUACAUUUCAAAAGCCGGGAUAUGUCACAAAGUUUCUACUUUUGCCAUGCGAUCUCUUGCCAGUUUAGCCCUACGUGUAACAAAUUCUAGGACCUCACCCUAGCAUCUAUACUGAUAAUCUAUUUCGAUUAAUUCUAUAAAUUAACCCAAUUUAUUUUGUGCUGUUUAAAAUGAUUAAUGGUGAGCAUUUCAAAAAGUGCUAUUAUGCUACUAUUGUAUAUUAGAGAAAAAUGGUUGAGAAUGAAUAAGCCAAAAAAGAAAGUUCUUAGUUUAAUUUUUUUCUUUCUUCCAAAUUAGAAACCAUUUAAAUAAGAUCAUAAUUUGCCUAAGCUGUCAUCUUGUAAUAUUUGCUCUAGAAAUGACAUAAAAGUAUAUGGGGAAGCAGGGAGGCAUUUUUGUAAUAAGAGAAAGAACUGUCCUUGCCUCCCAUUUGUCUUUAUUUCCUAGAUGACCUAGUAAAAAAGGCAUAGUGUUAUGUUUAUACUACAAACUUGAUAUUUUUAAUAUAUUAUUUAAAGAUAAAGGUUCUUAUGUUUAAAUACAUUAGAACUCAAUACAGACAUAUAAACUAAGAUUUAGAAUGACAGCUAAAACAAUCCAUUGUUAUGGGACAGAAUUUUUAUGCUUCAUUUUAUUUAUUCUUAAUGUAAUUAUAGCGUAUAUGUUAUUUUACUUACAAAAAGUACAAUGAAUUUUGUUUUAUUACAAAGCUUUAAAUGUAAAUUGCAGAAUGCUUCAGUAAAAAGCUCUUACAUAUUGCUGUUUGUUAUUAUGUAUGUGUAAUAUCUUCAGUCAUAAAAGUGAAAUUCAAAUAUCUGUAACUGCAAAUUGUCAAAUUUCACAAGAGGACACUGUCAGGCAAAUCUGAAAAUAUACACAUUGAGAAUAAUUUUUUAUUAUUCCCUAUUUUAAUAUUAACAACUACUAUAAACAAGAUUUUUCUUGUGAAAUAGCAGCUUCAGUGUAUGUGUCAUAUUUUAUGGUAUCAAAACAACUAACUAUAGAGAUCUACAACAUCCUGAUAUAAACUAUUCUUUUACUUAACAUAACAUACAUAUGUACCACAAGAAGGCUUUUCAAAUUAAUUGCAAAAUGUGCAUUAGAUAUUGACUUAGAGUGAAUUAAUUGCCUUUUUAAUCCUGAUUCACAACACCUAUUCCUGUUCAGUAUUCUUUGUCUUAAAUGAAAAGAAGUCUACAUUUGUAAAGUUAUAGGAAAGAUUAUACCACUAUUUAGUAAAAUGUUUUGGUUCGGUGCUCUUAAUAAUUUAUUAAAAAACCUUUCAGAAUAUUUCAUAAAGUUUUUUAAAAAGAUUUUUCACUGCCUUUUUAUUAUUGACAUGCCCAUAACCAAACUGAGAUAGCUUUGGAAAUGAGACUUUUAGUUUUAGGAAGGUCCAGCAAUUGAUUUCUGAAAAAUUAUGAAACUUCCCACCCUACACCUACCCAUCUUCUUUAGUCUUUUAUUGAUUCAACACACACGUGCAUGCGCGUGUGCACACACACACACUCACAAACAUACAUGUAUAGCAUUGUGCUAAAACACUGUGGAAGCUUAAGAAGUCAAAGAGACUACAUCCUAGCUAGAAGUAGAAGGCAAACAAAAUAUGAAUAACAGUAUGUGCAGGUUGAAGUGUCAGGGACAUAAGUGGCGGGAUGUGAAGUUUGGGUUAGGGAAAGGUUCCCCGAGGAGGUUUUUAAGUCAGAUUUGAAAAGAUAAUUUGUUAGGUGGAUAGUGUAGGAAACAAAAAGAUCCGAGAAUAAGGAUGGAAGCAUUAUGUUCUACAGUAGGCUAUUCCACGUGACAGUUUAAAUUUAAUUUUCAGGAAUCUUAGGUCUUCCAAACACCAAGUUCUUAGCAUAAGAAAGAUGGGUUUGUGAUUGUGUAUACAAGAAUCAUCCUUAAUGACAAAGAAGCUGUACUGUCACAUUCCACCAAAUGAACCUUUACUUAAAAUCAGUAAGAAGGCCAUGGUUGUUCAAACAUAGAAUAUCAUGGGAGAUUCUCUGUAAUAAUCCUUCAAGGUAGUAGGUUGUUUCAGUUGAUAGGGCAACAUCAAGACUUUAAAUUUGGUUCAGGGCAACUACAAACAAUCAUUUAAAAAGCCUUAAAUAUAGCCAUUAUUUUUAUAUCAGUAGCACAAAAGAAAACCAAAAGUCCUUAACCAUUGACCAUUUUAUCAUACUUUAGGACUUUUUUUUUUAACCAGGUCAUAGUAGGCACUAAUUUUUAUUAAGAAAUAUUUAAACCUGGUGAAGGCUUUCCUUAUUUCCCUAAAAGUACAAUUUUUCAAAACGGAUAUUAUUUUUAAAUUUCUCAAUUUUUUUUUUCAGGUUUUUUAAAUUGUACCAAAACAUAAGAUAUUUUACUAUUGCUUCAACAUGAGUAAGUUAGGGAAAGGAUCUCUCAUUCAGUUAGUGCCCAUGUUUUGAAUUUUAAAAUGUGCAUUAUUUAAUUUAAUCCUGGCCCCAGUGCCAAGAAGUAAUCAACCAGCCUUACACAACACAAUUGUGGACAAAACUGGUGAUUGAAUACAGGUCUGCCAGCCUCCCAAACUGUGCUUUUUCUCUUGUACCUGCACAAUAACAUAAAAUUGGCAAAGUGUAUUUUUACUUUCCAAGAUGCCACAUGUGCCAAGAAUAUCAAGUGAUGUUAAAGCAUAAUAGCAUAUUUUAAAAAAAGCUUUAAAAAUAUAUAUUUUCACCCUGACAGUGACCCUUGUUGUAAUUUAUGUUUUUUAGAAAUAAUAGUAUGUAAGUAUAAUUCAAAGUUGACAAAACGUAAGACAUAAGUAAUUUUUAUUAUUUAUAUUGUUAAUAACUUAAUAUUUGGAAAUUCAUUUUCCUUAUUUGGUGUUUUCUUUUAAUUGAGAAGUCUUAAACAAAAACCUUGUAUGUUACUCUGAUAUAGUUGAAUAAAUGGUUAUGUGUAGUUGUUCUUACAUGGAUAGUAAUAUGAAUGUGACAUGUACAAGUUGUCCUCUUAUAAUUUUCAGAUAAGUGUAAGUAAACAUUUGUGUGAUAAAUAUUAAAGUGGACAUUUUAUUUCAA